AUAAACCUAGACGUUAGUUGUGUACGUUAGUACAUAUUCUUUAAACCAAAAUUGAUAUGACUUUGCAAGAAAACAAUACAAAAUUGAGGAAAAAAACUAUAAUCAAUGACUCCAUAUGGGGACCAAUAGAGCUGUCUGACACAUCAUGGAAGAUCAUAAACACACCUGAAUUUCAACGGCUUAGGUUUAUCAAGCAGUUAGGGGGAUGUUAUUUUGUGUAUCCUGGUGCAUGCCACAACAGAUUUGAACAUUCUAUAGGAACUGCACACUUAGCAAGAACUCUUGGCAUAGAGUUACAGAAAAAUCAACCAGAACUUGACAUAACUGAAAAAGACAUAGAAUGUUUAGAGAUUGCUGGACUUUGUCAUGAUCUAGGACACGGUGCCUUUUCCCACUUGUUUGACCUGCAGUUUAUCAAAAAAGCAAGACCUGGAUAUGAAUCGGAGCAUGAAGACGCAUCUUUGAAAAUGCUAGACAGAAUUUUCAAAAUUUUCAAUUUAGAAGAAUUAAGCGAAAAUAGCAGAACUUUUAUCAAAGAACUUAUAAAGAAACCAGAAGGUUCAUAUAAAGGAAGGUCAAAAGAAAAGCACUUCCUCUACGAG